CAAUCACAAGAAAGAAAAGAUAUCGCUCGGUAUUUGCGUGACGGCUGAUAGUUCUCUGUCCUGGUGCUGAAGUGGAAAUAGUGAAGGUAUAAAGCUAGAGAUCUAUAUACAAGCAAGCUGAGACCGUCAUACACAGGGAGAGGUUAUCGUGAACUUUUCUCUUGAGUCUCCACCCUUCAUUUGUUAAACCAUUAUGGCUUCAAAUGACAGUGUUCUCAACUCUGCUUACCUUGCUGUUGAAUACAUAGACUCUCUCUUACCUGCCAAUCCUCUGCAGCAACCAUUUAAAUAUGCCUGGACGUACAUGCUAGACAACUACACCAAGUUUCAGAUAGCAACAUGGGGGUCCCUUCUCGUCCAUGAGCUCAUCUACUUCCUGUUUUGUCUCCCAGGCUUUUUAUUCCAGUUCCUUCCUUUUAUGCAAAGAUUUAAAAUCCAGAAGGAUAAACCAGAGACAUGGGAAAGCCAAUGGAGAUGUUUCAAAAUGUUACUUUUUAAUCAUUUUUUCAUUCAACUUCCUUUGAUUUGUGGCACCUACUAUUUUACAGAAUAUUUUAACAUUCCUUAUGAUUGGAAUACCAUGCCACGAUGGUCUAUGCUCCUUGCACAGUGUUUUGGGUGUGCUGUUAUUGAAGAUACCUGGCAUUAUUUCCUCCAUCGUAUUCUGCACCAUAAGAGGAUAUAUAAAUAUAUCCAUAAAGUGCAUCAUGAGUUCACAUCUCCUUUUGGGAUGCAAGCGGAAUAUGCACAUCCUUUGGAAACACUAAUUCUGGGCGCUGGAUUUUUCAUUGGAAUUAUGGUGUUCUGCAAUCAUGUCAUUCUGUUGUGGGCAUGGGUGAUGUUCAGAUUGCUGGAAACAAUAGAUGUGCACAGCGGCUAUGACAUUCCUCUGAAUCCCUUACACCUGGUGCCCUUUUAUGCUGGGGCACGCUUUCACGAUUUUCACCACAUGAAUUUUGUUGGAAACUACGCUUCAACAUUUACAUGGUGGGAUAAACUCUUAGGCACCGACUCUCAGUUCAACACCUACAGGGACAAAGUCAAGACACAGGAACAAAAGAAGACAAAAUAAUUUCUUGUCUGGAUCAUGCAAAAUCUCUAACAAAUCCUGACUGCUAUCACAGAUGGAGUUAAACCCUUUAAAAAUAAACUCAAAAACAAAACAAUGACCUGUCUGUGGAAAAAGUAAUUGUGGAAAUGAUCCACAAAUCCUGUAAUGGCGUAAUGCUCCAAAACACUGCAUUUGGCCUCACAGUCGGAAUGUGUACUUGGGGCAGAGGCGAACGUCAGUAUACACAACUACAGCAAAAUAUGUUUUCCAAAAUGCCAGUUAUCAGAUGGCAUAAAGAUGUCAAGGAACAAGUAUGGUUCCUUAUUUUCAUACUUUUGGUGAAGGCCUUGUUUAUUAAACUGUAAUAGUCAUGUAAUGUUAGAUGGUUUGUUUUAUUUUUUAUACAUAAUGCAUAUUUUUAAUUAUUUAACAUUUGUAAUUGAUUUGUUUUUCGAAUUUCUAUGUAUUAAAUUGAUAUGAAACCACAUUUUUUUUCCUUUCAUGAUUCAGAUAGAGCAUGUAAUUUUAAACAAUUUUCUAAUUUACUUCUAUUAUCAAAUUUUCUUCAUUUUCUUGGUAUCUUUUGUUAAAGGUCAGGGACAUAUGCUUAGGAGCCGGCCCAAUUCUGGAGCACUAUAUGGCAGCAGUUUUUCAAGAAUGUAAUCCAUUUGCAAAAGCACUAGAUGCCUACCUAGGUAUCUAUUUAACACAGAAUUUUAAUGGGAACAAAGCAAAUUUGAUAAUAGAAGUAAAUUAGACACUAUUUUUUUUAAAAUGAUAUCCUCUGUCUGAAUCAUAAAAGAACAUAUUUGGGUUUCAUAUCCCUUUAAAUGUGGCAAUCAAAAAUCAUAUGUACUUGGCAUAUUUACAGUUAGUUAGGGUUUUGCCUUUGCACUUUCAAAUGAAACCUUUUGUGUUUGAUUUUUUUAUUUUUUUUUAAGCUCACAUACUGAAACAAUUAGUGAUAAAUGUCCCAUUGAAACAAGCAUUUUUUUUUCAGCUGCUCAAUUAUCUAAUGUACAUACACAAAUAUUUUAACAGAGUUAAAAUAUGAAUCUUGGUACAAAUUAUUAAACAUGCCCAUUUCUUCCUCAGAGUUCUUUUAUGCUAAAAUAAACAUGAUGCUAUUCAC